UAUACAGUAUAUAAUUGACAAAUAAAAAUUAUUUUUCAUUAAACAUAUUCACUACUAUACACCCAAUGGAUACUGCAAUUUUGUAUCCACUGGUCGGCUCUAUUUGGGUGCGAUUAGCCGGCGUUUUCGGUGCACUGGCCGUAGGACUGGGCGCCUACGGAGCACAUGUAGUUCACGGUGAUAAGGACUUGUCACCGCAUGUCAAAACUAUCUACGAUACCGGCAAUCGUUAUCAUUUGAUACAUUCGCUGGUAUUGUUGGCCAUACCAUUGGUUGCACAUCCCUGUCUCAGCGGUACACUCAUUACGAUAGGCAUGUCCUUGUUUAGCGGUGCCUGUUAUCUGCAUGUGUUUACCGGCAAUAAGGAUGUGACCCGAUUUGCACCGAUUGGUGGCAUAACUUUGAUGAUCGGUUGGCUAUCAAUGGCUUACAGUUAGUUAACAACAACAACUUUAGUAAACUAAAAAUCUAAAAAUAAAUCUAUAUAUAUAUAUAUAUAUAUCAAAUA